GUGUGUUGCUGUGUGUUGUUCACCAUGGCUGGCAGCCUGUUUGGUAGACUGUCCCUGGAGGAAGAGGACUCGGCCAACUCCCUGGAGGGCCUGGAAAUCAAGCUGGGUGGAGAAGCCAUGCAUCAGGCCCUGGACACUCUGAGUGACAGCACGAGCUCGACCACUGCUAACGAUCUGGACCUGAUCUUCCUCAAAGGCAUCAUGGAGAGCCCAGUGGCUCAUGAGCACUUUGAGGAACCCAAGCUUGAGGCUGUGAGGGCAAACAACGUGGAGCUGGUUCAGGACAUUCUCAAAGAGCUCAGUCCCCUCACACACAGGAGCCAGGCAGCUGACGAGCUCAUCCGCAUCCUCAAGGAGCCCCAUUUCCAGUCCCUCCUGGAGACACAUGAUUCUGUGGCGUCCAAAAACUAUGAGACUCCUCCGCCUAGCCCUUGUGCAUUCAUGGACGCCGCGCUCAAUAACCAGCCUGUGCCGCCGGAUGCAGUAAGGAUGGUUGGCAUUCGUAAGGUGUCCGGUGAGCACCUGGGAGUGACGUUUCGUGUAGAAAGUGGCGAGCUGGUGAUUGCCAGGAUCCUCCACGGCGGCAUGAUUGACCAGCAAGGUCUGCUCCAUGUCGGUGACAUCAUCAAGGAGGUGAAUGGGAAGGAGGUGGGCAAUGACCCAAAAGUGCUGCAGGAGAUGCUGAAGGAGGCCAGUGGCAGUGUGGUGCUGAAGAUCCUGCCCAGCUAUCAGGAGCCCCACACACCCAGACAGGCCUUUGUGAAAUGUCACUUUGACUAUGACCCAUCCCAUGACAACCUGAUUCCGUGUAAGGAGGCGGGGCUUAGCUUCAGCAGUGGAGAUAUUCUGCAGAUCUUUAACCAGGAGGACCUCAACUGGUGGCAGGCGUGUCACAUCGAGGGGGGCAGUGCGGGUCUAAUCCCCAGCCAGCUGCUGGAGGAGAAGAGGAAAGCCUUUGUGAAAAGGGAUCUGGAGCUUGCCACCUCAGGUCCUCUGUGCGCUGGGAUGGGAGGCAAGAAGAAGAAAAAAAUGAUGUAUUUGACCACCAAGAACGCAGAAUUCGAUCGGCACGAGUUGCGUAUCUACGAGGAGGUGGCAAAAGUCUCGCCUUUCAGGAGGAAGACGCUGGUUCUGAUUGGUGCUCAGGGAGUGGGCCGGCGGAGUCUGAAGAACAAGUUGCUGGUGUCGGAUCCCCAGCGGUACAGCACCACCAUCCCCUUCACAUCUAGAAAGCCAAAAGUGGACGAGCGAGACGGGCAGGUGUACUUAUUCAUGACCCGCAGUGAAAUGGAGUGCGACAUCAGAAAUGGUCGCUUCUUGGAGCACGGCGAGUACGAUGGCAACCUGUACGGCACCAAGAUCAACUCCAUCCACGAAGUCACCGAAACGGGGAAGAUCUGUAUUCUGGAUGUCAAUCCACAGGCACUCAAAGUGCUGCGAACGUCAGAGUUCUUGCCCUAUGUUGUGUUCAUCGAAGCCCCAGACUUUGAGGUUCUCAAAGCCAUGAACAGGAUGGCGAUCGAGAUGGGUGUGGUCACAAAACAGCUAACGGACUCUGAACUGAAGCGGACGGUGGACGAGAGCGAGCGGAUUAAACGGGCCUACGGACAUUACUUUGACCUCUGCAUCGUAAACGACGGCCUGGAGGUGGCUUUCCGGAGCCUACGGCUGGCACUGGAGAAACUGUCCACUGAGCAGCAGUGGGUGCCCGUCAGCUGGGUCUUCUGAAGGUCACCGAGAGCAGAGCAGGAAGCAGCCAAAACCAGAAGUGGUCAGAGGACAGUUUAGCCCUCGUAACUCCAGAGGGGCAGUUAGUGG